GAACAUGCUGUCUAUUAUAAUAUUCCCAAAUAAUAAAAAGUAAUUUAGAAAGGAAAAAUUAAUAUAGAAAUUAAAAAAACCCGAAACCCGAAAGGUUCUUUCAAUGCUUUGAAGCUUUCACUGCUCGUCUUCUUUAGGAACUAUUUUGCUUUUUUCAACAAUUUCAGAUUCUGGCUUUUAGGGUUUUACGAUGAAUGAGAGAAAGACGAUUGAUCUUGAACAAGGAUGGGAGUUUAUGCAAAAAGGAAUUACAAAGUUGAAGAACAUUUUAGAAGGCUUGCCAGAGCCGCAAUUUAGCUCCGAGGAUUAUAUGAUGCUUUAUACAACAAUUUACAAUAUGUGUACCCAAAAGCCUCCUCAUGACUAUUCUCAGCAGUUGUAUGAUAAGUAUCGAGAAUCCUUUGAAGAGUACAUCACUUCAACAGUACUUCCUUCUUUACGAGAAAAGCAUGAUGAGUUUAUGUUGAGAGAGCUGGUCAAAAGGUGGAGUAAUCACAAAGUAAUGGUUAGGUGGCUUUCUCGGUUCUUCCAUUACCUUGAUCGGUACUUUAUUGCUCGGAGGUCACUACCUCCCCUUAAUGAAGUUGGACUCACGUGUUUCCGAGAACUGGUUUACCAAGAGCUAAAUGCAAAAGUGAGAGAUGCUGUAAUUUCUCUGAUUGAUCAAGAACGUGAAGGCGAGCAGAUUGAUCGCGCUUUGUUGAAGAACGUUUUAUAUAUAUUUGUUGAAAUUGGAAUGGGGCAAAUGGAUUACUAUGAGAAUGACUUUGAGGCUACUAUGCUCAAAGAUACUGCUGCCUACUACUCGAGGAAAGCUGCAAAUUGGAUCGUAGAUGAUUCUUGUCCGGAUUACAUGUUGAAAUCUGAGGAAUGUUUAAAAUGUGAGAAGGAUAGGGUCUCCCAUUACUUGCAUUCUAGUAGUGAGCCAAAACUGCUCGAGAAAGUUCAACAUGAGUUGUUAUCUGUAUGGGAAACCCGACUUCUCGAUAAAGAGCACUCCGGCUGCCAUGCAUUGCUCAGAGACGACAAGGUGGAUGAUUUGUCAAGAAUGUUUAGACUCUUUUCUAAAAUUCCUCGAGGCUUAGAUCCCAUAUCAAGCAUUUUCAAACAGCAUGUAACUGCUGAAGGCACAGCUUUGGUCAAACAGGCUGAGGAUGCUGCAAGCACCAAAAAGGCUGAUAAAAAGGAUGUCGUUGGCAUGCAAGAGCAGGUUUUCGUGAGGAAAGUGAUUGAGCUGCAUGAUAAGUACCUAGCCUAUGUGAAUGAUUGUUUUCAAAAUCAUACUCUCUUUCACAAGGCUCUCAAGGAGGCUUUUGAAGUCUUUUGCAAUAAGGGUGUUGUUGGAAGCUCAAGUGCGGAGCUACUUGCCACUUUUUGUGAUAAUAUUCUCAAGAAAGGUGGCAGUGAGAAAUUGAGUGAUGAAGCAAUAGAAGAAACACUUGAAAAGGUUGUGAAGCUACUUGCUUAUAUUAGUGACAAAGACUUGUUUGCUGAAUUCUAUCGGAAAAAGCUUGCUCGAAGGCUUCUUUUUGACAAGAGUGCUAAUGAUGACCAUGAGAGAAGUAUAUUAACAAAGCUGAAACAGCAAUGUGGUGGUCAGUUCACCUCAAAGAUGGAGGGAAUGGUUACGGAUUUGACAUUGGCAAGGGAAAACCAGGCAAGUUUUGAGGAGUACUUGAGCAAUAAUCCAAAUGCAAAUCCAGGGAUUGACUUGACAGUAACUGUUUUGACUACUGGAUUUUGGCCAAGUUACAAGUCUUUCGAUCUCAAUCUUCCUGCUGAGAUGGUCAAGUGUGUUGAAGUUUUCCGGGACUUCUACCAGACAAAAACCAAACACCGAAAACUUACUUGGAUAUAUUCUUUGGGCACUUGUAAUCUUAUUGGGAAGUUUGAACCAAAGAUGAUGGAGUUGAUUGUCACAACAUAUCAGGCCUCUGCCUUAUUGCUGUUCAAUUCCUCAGAUCGCCUGAGCUAUUCUGAGAUCAUGACACAAUUGAACUUAACGGAUGACGACGUAAUUAGACUUUUGCAUUCGUUAUCUUGUGCGAAGUAUAAAAUCCUUAACAAGGAGCCAAGCACGAAAACCAUCUCUCCCACCGAUCAUUUUGAAUUCAACUCCAAGUUUACCGAUAAAAUGAGAAGGAUCAAGAUUCCUCUCCCCCCUGUGGAUGAGAAGAAGAAAGUAAUUGAAGAUGUUGACAAGGAUCGACGAUAUGCCAUUGAUGCCUCAAUUGUACGUAUCAUGAAGAGUCGGAAAGUUCUGGGUCACCAGCAGUUGGUUAUGGAGUGUGUUGAGCAAUUGGGCCGCAUGUUCAAGCCGGAUUUCAAGGCCAUUAAAAAGCGAAUAGAAGACCUGAUUACUCGAGACUAUCUUGAGAGGGACAAUGAUAACCCCAAUACAUUCCGGUAUUUGGCAUGAUAACCUAGUCAUUAUCCCGUAAUGAAGCGGCGACUGUUGCCGCUGCAAAUAACUCGAAGCGGCUGGAUAUGAUUGGUUCGUGACGAAAGUUGCAUACACAUAAUGAGAUGCUGCUAAGAUUCUUGUACAGUAGGAGCCAGGUAUGGCCAAGUUCUAUAAACUGUGAAAUUCGAAUCUGAAUCAAAACCGAAAUCGGAAUCAAUCUCAUAUCAUCGUGGUUUCUUAUUACCCCAAAAUCCCAUUUUAUGACUUAGUUUAUGCUUAUUUGUUUUGCCUCCUCUGUUCCACCAACCAAGCCAAAAAAAAGAAAAAAAAAAGUGUAUUUUAGUAAACUCAAAGCUCCAUCAUGAAUGUAAGUUUAAAAUAUGUUUGGAUUUUUUCCCCCAAUUAUGUUGAAUGCAGCCAGCUGUUUUAUGUUA